AUAUGGCGGCCUCCUCUAGCAAGUCGAAAUCUGUGUUCGUGACUGUAGGAACAACAUGUUUUGACAGGUUAAUAAUGACUGUCAUUACUCCAGAUUUCUGCAAGGUUCUACAUUCAAUCGGCUAUGACAAAGUUGUUCUGCAGGCGGGAAGGGGAAUAUUUGAUUCUGAUGUCAAGAUGGUUGAGGGACUACAGCUGGAAUAUUACAGGUUCAAGAACUCAAUAGCUGACGACAUAGGCAGUGCAGAUCUUGUGAUUAGUCAUGCUGGUGCUGGCACUGUGCUUGAGACGCUUGAUGCUGGGAAGCCUCUCAUAGUUGUUAUAAACGAGGAGUUAAUGGGAAAUCACCAGCUAGAGCUUGCUGAGCAGCUUUACACAAAUGGACAUCUCUUUUACGCAACUUGCAGUACUUUGGUUACAACCCUGCAAUCUAUGAAUAUGGAGAAUCUGAAGCCAUUUCCUAGAGGAGAACCCUCAAAGUUUGCAACAUUUCUAGACAAGCUGUUGGGUUUCUCUUGACGAACAAGCUAUCAUCUAUGUGUAUUAAAUUACAUUAUAUCACUUGUAAAUAUUUGCUGUGCAAGUUUCCAGUAUAAUUAUUUUGUAAAUAAAUAUUUAUUAAUAACCUA